AUGUCCUUUGUUUUGAGAAGAAACUUGUCCUCAUUGAUCCCACCUAAGGUGGCUUCUGCCUCCAACCUCGGCUCCAACCCAGCCGCCAAGAGAAUGCAGAACAUUGUGUCCUUCUACUCGAAAUUGCCAAGAGGACAGGCCAACUUCCCAAAGGCCAAGUCUCCACUGGGAAUUUACAGAGAGAAAUACUUCGACACAGGCUCCGGAGCUCCUCUUCUGCACGCAUCGCUGUUCUUCCUUGCCCUUGGUUACGGAUUCGAAUACUUCUUCCACUUGUCCCACCACAAAGAACAUUAG